AUGAAUAUCACAGUAUUUAGGAGUGAUGAAGAGGGAACGAAAAAAGUGUUGAUGAAAGUAAUUCUUUAUGGUUUCAUUCUUUCCAGCAUGAAGGCUCCUAUAUCAGCAAAUGACAGUGAUGAUAUAUUAGAAUCAGUGGCGUUGUUCAAGUAUAAUCAAGAAGAUCUUAUUUC